CGACUCUAAAAUAUUCCCUUCUCUUCCUUCACCCCCUCGGUAUUCACUAGUCAGCAAGGACGUUAUCAGCAUUGGAAAGUAGGCCUGAGCUGGGCAAAAUGCAAUUAUUGGGUGUAGUUGCGGUGAUUUUUGCAGUUUACUGCGUACAUGCAAAGGUUCACUUUCGGGAGGAGUUUCUGGACGGUGAUGAAUGGAGAAGUCGCUGGGUGAACUCCAAACACAAGUCUGACUAUGGAGAGUGGAAACUGACGGCCGGAAACUUUUACGGAGAUGCUGAGAAAGACAAAGGUCUACAGACAAGCCAGGAUGCUCGUUUCUAUGCUACCUCUGCCCGUUUUGAGCCCUUAAACAACGAGGGCAAGCCUUUGGUCAUUCAGUUUACAGUCAAGCAUGAGCAAAAGAUUGACUGUGGUGGUGGCUAUGUGAAGAUCUUCCCUGCUGAUUUGGAUCAGGCUAGCAUGCAUGGAGAAUCCUCAUACUACAUCAUGUUUGGUCCUGAUAUCUGUGGCUACAGCACAAAGAAAGUCCAUGUUAUCUUCAAUUACAAGGGCAAGAAUCACCUCAUCAAGAAAGAGAUUAAGUGCAAGGAUGAUGAGCUGACCCACCUGUACACGCUUAUCCUGAAUCCAGAUCAGACCUAUGAGGUGAAGAUUGACAAUGAGAAGGUAGAAUCUGGCAGUCUGGAGGAUGACUGGGACUUCCUGCCUCCUAAGAAAAUUAAGGACCCUGAAGCCAAGAAGCCAGAGGACUGGGAUGAUCGUGCCAAGAUUGAUGAUGCUGAUGACACCAAGCCUGAGGACUGGGACAAACCUGAAAAUAUUCCAGACCCUGAUGCUAAAAAGCCUGAGGACUGGGAUGAGGAUAUGGACGGAGAGUGGGAGCCACCCAUGAUCCCCAACCCAGAGUACAUGGGAGAAUGGAAACCCAAACAGAUCGACAACCCCAACUACAAAGGACCCUGGGUGCAUCCAGAAAUUGACAAUCCUGAAUACAGUGCUGAUUCGAACAUCUACAAGUUUGACAACAUUGGUGUUUUAGGUCUUGAUCUUUGGCAGGUGAAAUCUGGUACCAUCUUUGACAACUUCCUGAUCACAGACGAUGUGAAGGAAGCAGAAGACAUUGCGAAGGAGACAUGGGGUGUAACAAAGGAACCAGAGAGGAAAAUGAAGCAGGAGCAAGAUGACCUGAAACGAAAAGAGGAGGAGGAGAAGAACAAAGAACAAGAUACUGAAGCUGACGAUGAAGAAGAAGAAGACAUGGAUGAGGAGGAAGAAGAAGAGGAGGAAGAAACAAAAGAAGACAUAGAGGAGGCACUUUCAGAAAUGGAUGACGAGGAAGUAAAGCAUAAAGAUGAGCUUUAAGGAGGUAUAGCCAGAGAUUUUGUCUGUCCCUCCAUUAGAAACUGUCCUCUAUUUCCCAGGGGUAUUGUGGCUGCUGUGCAUCCUUUCCCUGAGAUUUGGACACAACCCAACUUGGGGGGCAAAUGUAGUGAAGUGUGGGAGAUGGGUGUUAAUGGACUUAAUUUCUCUUUCAUUUUGGCCUUGAUGUUACCCUGAUGUCCCUGAACAGCUGGAUUGAUUGUAAGGUUUUCCACCUACAAAGUUCAUUCCUCAUUUUGUAUUAACAGCAAAUAAGGAAGCACUGACAUCCACUGCUUUCUUGAUUUUUCCUGAUUUUUACACAUCCUCUAUUUGCAGUUUUCCUUGUGACACAGAACCUGUGAUUAAAAAAAUGUGGUAAAUAUGACAAAUUGAGAUCUGCAGCAAAUAAGGAUAAACAUUCAAACUUCAACUUAAGAAAUUCUUUUGUCUGGUGAAACAUAAAAUGCACAUAACUGAACAUAUAAUGCAUAAACCAUAAGAGUUACAUCAAAAUAAAAAAAUCACAAAAUACAGACAGAAAUCAAGACUGUAAUGUAACUUAUUUUGGUUAUGUCUUUGGCACUGACUUUUUAUUUUUCUUUCCAAGCUCUUUAAAGCAUAAUUGAAUGAAAUCUAAGUGCACGAUGAAAGUUUUUCUACAUUGAAAUGGCAUGAAUUCAUCAUGUCUUCAUGAUAAUGUGAUGGGACCUGCAUUAUAUCCUGAAAGCCUGGAGAAACAGAUGGUGAGCCCCUAGUGUGACUCAUGACAUCACUAUGGGUCGCAUACUUAUUUUUAUUGGGCAGAAUGUUAUUCAUACCAAAGUUUUUAUUAAAAGAUUAUAACCUUA